UAGACAUUCUUAGAUUUUGGUGUAAUACUUAACAUUUUUUUCCUUACAGAAAGUUGGAUUGAACGGUGUCUCAGUGAAAGUGAAAACAAGCGAUAUUCAAGUCACUCAUCCUUGGGCAAUGUUUCUAAUGAGGAAACAGAUGAAGAGAAGGAAAAUAGGGCAUCAAAACCUCAUUCCACUCCAGCAACUUUACAAUGGUUGGAAGAGAACUAUGAGAUUGCCGAGGGUGUUUGCAUCCCCAGAAGUGCCCUUUAUAUGCACUAUUUGGACUUCUGUGAGAAAAAUGACACACAACCAGUGAAUGCGGCAAGCUUUGGCAAGAUAAUUAGACAGCAGUUCCCACAACUGACCACAAGGAGACUGGGAACCAGAGGACAAUCAAAGUAUCAUUAUUAUGGCAUCGCUGUUAAGGAGACCUCUCAAUAUUAUGAUGUUAUGUAUUCUAAGAAAGGAGCCGCAUGGGUCAACGAGACGGGAAAAAAAGAAGUCACAAAGCAGACAGUCGCGUAUUCACCACGAUCCAAGCUUGGAACAUUAUUGCCAGAGUUCCCAAAUGUCAAAGAUCUAAAUCUGCCAGCUAACAUCCCAGAAGAAAAGAUUUCAACAUUUAUAAUGAUGUAUAGAACCCACUGCCAAAGGAUUCUGGACACUGUGAUACGAGCCAACUUUGAUGAGGUUCAAAGUUUUCUCCUGCACUUUUGGCAAGGCAUGCCUCCACACAUGCUGCCAGUCCUGGGCUCGUCCACGGUGGUGAAUAUAGUGGGAGUGUGCGAUUCUAUAUUAUAUAAAGCCAUCUCUGGCGUUUUGAUGCCAACAGUAUUACAAGCGUUGCCUGACAGUUUGACGCAAGUUAUAAGAAAAUUUGCAAAACAGCUGGAUGAAUGGUUGAAAGUGGCUCUGCACGACCUUCCGGAAAAUUUACGAAAUAUCAAAUUUGAGUUGUCCAAAAGGUUCUCACAAAUCCUUCGACGACAGACAUCUUUAAACCACCUGUGUCAGGCAUCACGGACAGUGAUACACAGCGCAGAUAUUACAUUUCAGAUGCUGGAAGACUGGAGGAAUGUGGACCUUAAUAGCAUUACCAAACAGAGUCUGUAUACUAUAGAAGAUUCCAGGGACGAGCACAGGAAGCUCAUUGUCCAGUUAUACCAGGAAUUUGAUCAUUUAUUAGAAGAGCAAUCUCCAAUAGAAGCUUACAUUGAUUGGCUGGAUUCCAUGGUAGACCGGUGUGUUGUGAGAGUAGCGUCCAAAAAAACGGGGUCACUGAAGAGAGUGGCACAGCAGUUCCUUUUAAUUUGGUCUUGCUUUGGUACAAGAGUCAUUCGGGAUAUGACAUUGCACAGUGCUCCUAGUUUUGGGUCAUUCCACCUCAUACACCUAAUGUUUGAUGACUAUGUCCUCUAUUUAUUGGAGUCUUUACACUGCCAAGAGAGAGCCAAUGAACUUAUGAGGGCCAUGAAGGGAGAAUCUCACAGUGCAGAAGACACAGAUGAAAUGAUACUGUCAGAGCCUGCAAUCUCUACACCCUCUCCGGUCCCAUUCUCACCGGCUGCAUCUUCAACUUUAGCUGAAAUCCCAUCCGCAACUUCCCCCGGGAACCAUUCUCCAGACAGUGGAGUCGCAUUAGUGACGACAGGUACAAUGCAGUCAUAUACAUGGUCUCUAACCUACACUGUCACCACAGCUGCUAACGGACCUCCUGAGAGCCCCCAGCAAGUCCCGUGUAUGAGGAGUGCACACAUGUCCCCUUCUGUCACACAUCGAAUACCUGUUUAUCCGCAUCGAGAAGAACAUGGGUAUACAGGGAGCUAUAAUUAUGGAACCUACAGCAAUCAGAGUCAUCAUCCAAUAGCAUCUCAAUAUACAUCUUUACCCCAUGAGGCUGGAAUUACGGGACCACUUCAUUAUACAGCCUACAGAAGCACCUCCCAGUACCCAUUUAACAGCCAGACGCGAAUGGAGCCUUGUCUGAUGAGCAGCACUCCCAGACUUCAUCCAAGUCAAGUGGCACCACGCUGGCCAGAUGUGGCAUCAAGCAACAGCUGCUAUACCUCCCCUUCUAUGCACUCUGGCAGAUAUGGGAGCUCUACUGACAUGUACACAUCCUUGGCUACACGAAGGAACUCAGAAUAUGAACACAUGCAGCAUUUUCCUGGCUUUGCAUAUAUAAAUGGGGAGGCAAGCACGGGCUGGGCCAAGUGA